GGUCUGAAGGCUGCGCGCGUGAAAACCCAUAACCUCUCUUGUCAAUUUUUCUUCAUUGAAAAACCUAAACAAAAGAACAAAAAAGCGAGGCGAAAAAUUCAACCGCCACUUCGCCAAUACCACUUUUUUACUCUCAACCACGAAUCUAUCACUAAACAAAAAAAAUCGCAUCGAAUCGAGAAAAAUAAAACCCUCAUUUUUAUUAUUUCUUUCUCAGCUAUUUGGUUGAAUGGAGUUGUUAGAUGGAAACUUAGAGCUCAAAGAGAUUCAAAAUCUCCAAGGCCACACCGACAGGGUUUGGAGCAUCGCCUGGAAUCCGGCCACCGCUGCUGCCGAUGUUCCCGCAGUUUUCGCUUCUUGUAGCGGCGAUAAGACUGUUCGAAUCUGGGAGGCGAGCCCCUCCACUCGCUCCUGGGACUGCAAGGCUGUUUUGGAAGAAACACACACUAGAACGGUCCGAUCUUGUGCUUGGUCACCGUCUGGGAAAUUGUUGGCCACUGCCAGCUUUGAUGCUACCACUGCCAUAUGGGAAAAUGUUGGGGGUGACUUUGAAUGUGUUUCCACUUUAGAGGGUCACGAAAAUGAAGUGAAAAGUGUGUCUUGGAAUGCAUCAGGUUCUCUUCUUGCAACAUGUGGGCGAGAUAGAACUGUUUGGAUUUGGGAAGUAAUGCCAGGGAAUGAAUUUGAGUGUAUUGAAGUUUUGCAAGGUCAUACUCAAGAUGUGAAAAUGGUUCAGUGGCAUCCGACUAUGGAUAUUUUGUUUUCCUGUAGCUAUGAUAACACUGUCAAGGUUUGGUGGUCCGAGGAUGCUGAAGGUGAUUGGAGCUGUGUACAAACUUUAGGUGAAUCUAGCAAUGGUCACUCUUCCACCAUUUGGUCACUUGCUUUUAAUGCUAAGGGAGACAAAUUGGUAACUUCUAGUGAUGACCUUACCCUGAAGAUAUGGGAAGCAGACAUCGUAAGGAUGCAAUCUGGAGAUGGUUAUGCACCCUGGAAUCAUUUGUGCACUCUCUCAGGUUAUCAUGAUCGAACAAUUUUUUCAGUUCACUGGUCAAGAGAGGGAAUUAUUGCCAGUGGAGCCGCUGAUGAUGCUAUACGGUUGUUUGUAGAGAGCAAAGAUGGUUUGAUGAAUGGACCUUCGUAUCAAUUGCUAUUGAAGAAGGAGAAGGCCCAUGACAUGGACGUAAAUUCAGUACAAUGGUUCCCGGGGGAAAAGCGUCUACUUGCUUCUGGAAGUGAUGAUGGAGCGAUAAAGAUAUGGGAGUUAGAAACUUUGCCCGGAUGAAAAUUUUGUGAAAUUUGUUUUUCUUUUUCAUACCUUUCGGAUGUUAGAUAUGCAUGGUUUUGAAAAUUUGUAUGUGAUCUUGUAACAGUUUGGCUUUGAGAAGUCAGGAAAUGAAAUAUUAUGUGACAGAAUCAUGGUUGAAAUAAUAGUCUAGCAGAAUUGCUGUGUAUAAUUUGUGAUAGCAAAAGUGAAAUGCAUGAUUCUAUUCUCUAACACAGACUUAACCAUGUUCUCUUGUCACCUCUGCUUGGAGUGAACUAUAUCCACUCUUUAACUGGAAGGGUUAUCCCUCGUCCAGAUGCUGAACAGCUCAGGCAGUCAGCUGAUUCAUGGCUGUCUUCACGGAUCUGGGACAUGAAUUUUAGUACCACAAUUGGCCAAGGGAGAAUUUCGGGAAAGAAAGGAGAAGCAAGAGCAAAGUAAUGUAGAAAAAAACCAGUUCUAGUUUGUCAAUUGUCACCUACAGAAAUGCCAUGCCCCAACUGACUUGCACCACUCACCCAGUCAGCCC